AUGCGACUUCAAGCCGCUAGCCUGACCGAGAGCUUGUUACUUCUCCUGGCAUUGUCCAACGCGCCUCGCGCGUUGUGCUUGCCGACCGUCGAUCUUGGAUAUAGUGUCAACCAAGCCACAUUCAAUGCGACUGGAGAUUACUACACCUUCUCAAACAUUCGUUUUGCUGAGCCGCCCAUGGGAGAUUUGCGUUUUGAAGCUCCCGUUCCACCCCGGACGACAAACCGAACUGUCAACGAUGGAUCUGCAGGUUUCAUCUGUCCGCAAGCAUACCCGGCAUGGAUCCUCGCAGCCGAAGGCCUCAGUGCUGCUCCUCCCCCAUCUCCCAGUGAGAACGAAGACUGUCUUUUCUUAGAUGUCGCUGUCCCGCAAGCCAUUUUCAACGGUACCCAGAAAGGGGCGGCUGUCCUUGCUUGGGUCUAUGGCGGAGGAUAUACGCUGGGCACGAAAGCUGGAAGCCCUGCUGGCCUAAUUGCAAGGAGCGAGCAAGCCACGGGUCAGGGCAUCAUCUACGUUGCUAUGAACUAUCGUCUUGGUCUUUUCGGGUGGCUCUCUGGUUCCACAUACCAGUCGCAAAACGGAACCGCUAAUGCUGGACUCUAUGACCAGCGUCUUGCUUUUGAUUGGGUCCAGAAGUACAUCCAUCUUUUCGGAGGAGAUCCAAACCGGGUGACUGUCAUUGGGGAGUCUGCAGGUGCAGGGAGCAUCGAACAUCAAAUUACAGCCUACGGCGGGUCCAAAGGGAAAGUGCCGUUUCAACAAGCUAUCCUACAGAGUCCUGGAUUUGCUCCCAUUCCAAACAAUGAUCAGGAGGAGCGCCUUUUCCACGAGGUUUUGAACUCAUCAGGUGUCUCUACGCUGCAAAAAUUGAAGGGCUUGUCGACAACACAGCUGCAAGCGGUAAACAGAAACAUUACCGAAGGGUCAGAUUACGGCAGUUUCACGUUUGGACCGACUGUUGACGGCGUGUUUUCACCCGCUCUACCCGGCAUCCUCCUAUCCCAAGGAAAAUUCGACCAGAGCCUGAAUCUCCUAAUCGGCCACAACUCGAACGAGGGCGCUCUCUUCACCGCCCCCGUGCAGACCGACGCAACAUUCGCCCAGAACGUCCGCAACCUUUUCCCCGACAUCUCCCCCACCGUCUUCACCAUCAUCACGGAAGUACUGUACCCCCCCGACUACAGCGGCGCAUACGGCUACACGACCGAAUUCGGGCGCUCCUCCACCUUCUGGGCCGAAGUCGUCUUCGUGUGCAACACAAACUACCUCGCCCGGGCUUACAAGAACAAAUCCUACAACUACGUCUUUAGUGUUCCGCCUGGAGUCCACGGCGAGGACGUUCCCUAUACUUUUUACGACGGCCCGUCCCCGUCCGUCGUUAACGAUACCGUCGCGGUAGUGUUGCAGGACUGGAUCACUACGUUUGCGGUGGCUGGGGUUCCGAGUGCAGAGGGUUUGCCGUCUUUCCCGCAGUACGGGCUCUUUGGCACGGCGGAGGAUCUUAAUGUUACUGGUGUUGCGCCGUUCCAUGAUCCGGGGAGCAAUUUGAGAUGUUAUUGGCUUCAGAACGCUUAUUAUGCGUAAGUAUAGGUGGCGUGAAGAGGAUGAGUAGAAACGGGGCAACGAUUUUCAUGUUCAAUAAUCUGUAUACAUAUAAAUUACCAUGAUAGGAUUCAUCGGGUUUGGUCGCUUUGUACAAGUGAAUGUAUGAAGAGUACACGCGGG